AUGUAUAAAUUUAACAAGAGUUAGACAGUUCCACUUAGAGUUAAGGAAAAAAGUAGCAUUCUUGCUCUUUGUGUUAAUUGUGAAGAAUUCAUUCCUAUAGAUAGAAUAGAUCUUCAUGCUUAAAUUUGCACUUAAGUUUCUAAUAAAGUACUCAAAUUUGCGUUUUCUUCCAUAUGCUUUGAAGAAAAUGAUUUUAAAUUGAAAAAAUUGAAAACAAAUUUAUAAAAUAAGAAUUAUGAACAUACAUAAAGAUUAUGUCGUAUUUGUGAAUUAGUUUCUUAAAUCAAUUCUAUAGGAUAUGUAGAAGAAGCUUCAUUAAUAGAAUUUGAAUAAGAACUAAUUAUAUUAAGUAAAGAACCAAUUCAAUCUUUGAAUUUAUCACUAUAUAUAGAAAGAUUACACUCUCUUGUAAUAUAAAGAAUAUAAAUCAUUCAAAAUUAAUUGAAUUCUAAAGUUAUUAGACCAUCUUAAUCUUAAUAAAACUUUUAUCCAUAAACUAGUACUGUUUUUAAUUCAAAAUAAUCUAAAAUCUCAAUUGGUUCAACUCAAACUAUGAGUAAUAAUAAUUUAUAAAAUUUAAUAUCUAAUAAAUUUGAAAAAUCAGAAAUUAUUAUUUCAGGACAUAGAAUUACUUAAAGUCAAAUUCCAGAAAAUCGAAUGACAACUUUAUCUAGAUUUUCAUAAGAUAGUGGCAAUUACUAAUAAGGAUUGACAUCUCAAUAAAAAAGAGGAGAAAUCUUAUUAACCAAUAUAAGUGAAUAAUCAGUAGAAACAAUUAAAGAAUAUGUAAAUCCAAAAACUUUUGCUUAACGUUGUUUUUAUUCUAAGGUUUUAAAUUUAAAAUUAGGAUAUCCAUAAUCAAGUCCUGCUUAAAAAAUUCCUGUAUCAUUACUUUGGAAAUUGGCAGAGUAAAAAUAGAUAAAAUCUGAAAACUGGGAUUUAUUUAUUCAAUAAUGUCUUGAUAAUCCUUUUGAAUAUGUGGAUCCUAAGAAAUUCAAUAAUUUUAAUAAUUCAACUUAAAAUUAGUAAAAAUAUUGA